GUAUGCGCUCGUCUGUACACCAUCGAAAACAUCGAACAUGUGACAGCAGCUGUCAUUUUUCUAGGUUAUACAACGGAACUUUAACCUCAAUUUUACCAUAAAAUGUACUUAAAUCACUAAUUCGCAGCAGUGAUUUGCUAAUCACAAGCGAAAUCGGUGCCAAAUUUUAGCGCGAUGUCCCCCAAUCGACCUUUUGUACCCUUUUUUGUGUUCUUCCUGUGUGUUUGUACCAGCUUCCAGUGCCCCAAAAACGAAUACGAAAGCCACUUAGGAACCAAAACGGCGUACAGAACGGUGGCGAAUUACAAUUCCAGCGAAAUAAAAUACGACGGUUGUCAAGCUGUCAAAUUAUGGGCUUUAAUCAGACACGGGACCAGAAACCCUAGCCUCGCUCUCAUUCAAAAGAUGAGAACUAGACUUGCCGAGAUCAAAGAAUUAAUCUUGGAGAAUUUACCAGAAGGAACAGAUGAAAUCAGCAACAUAGAUUUGGAUUUAUUCCGCUCCUGGACCCCUAAAUUACGCGACAAAGAUGAAAAAAAACUCACUCAUGAGGGUGAAGAGGAAAUGCUUUUUUUAGCGGAAAGGCUGCAAAAUCGCUUUCCUAAACUAAUGACCAACAUUUACAGCAGCACUUUAUAUAAAUUUAAAUAUACUCAUUCACAAAGGACAAAGAAGAGUGCUGAAGCGUUUGCCGCUGGUCUGUUUGGCAGAGGUGCAGUGAGAGACAUAGAGUUUCCAGAGCCAGUGAAGAAGGAUCCAGUUUUAAGGUUUUAUAAAUUGUGUGAGAAGUGGACUAAAGAAGUGAAGAAGAAUCCUGAGGCUCAAGCAGAAAUGAAGAAGUUCCAUAGUGGCGAGGAGGCGGCAAAAACGGUUAAGGCGGUCAAUGAACGUUUGGGGCUUACAGAUGAAAUUGAUUUGAGUGAUGUUCACGCUAUGUACAUGACCUGUGCCUAUGAAACUGCGUGGAAUAAAAGAAAAAGGUCGCCUUGGUGCUCAGCCCUCAGUAUGGAUGAUUUUAAGGUGGUGGAGUAUGGUGAAGAUUUGAAGUAUUAUUGGAUAGAUGGGUAUGGGCAUGAAUUGACGUAUGGACAAGCUUGUAAGGCGCUAAAUGACUUGGUAGAGUUUUUCCAAAGUAAUGAAACAUUCCCCAAAUCAACAAUAUACUUCACCCAUUCCGGAACUCUAUUGAAAAUGUUGGCCCACAUGGGUCUGUAUAAACAAAAAAAGCAUUUGAUUGCUGAUGACUUUCACCUAAAUGGCAAUAGGACUUGGAGGGUCAGCCAAAUUGACUCUUUUGGAACAAAUUUGGUGUUUGUUUUAUUUGACUGUCAAGAUGAACCAAAAAUUCUAACUCUUCAUCAAGAACACAUAGUCCGGCUACCUAGUUGUGCAGACAGCGAUUUAUGCACUAUGACGCAAUUCAUGGACUAUUACGACACCGACAGCGAGUGUUUAUUCGACCAAAUGUGCGAAAAUUCAACGUAACAUUUUUAUUUAGUUUUAUUUCUUGAAAUAAAUUUCUUUGACCAAA